AUGUUACACAGUCCUGUAGAAACUCCAAAAAUAUCAUCAUUUGGUAGUUUAGUAUCUCCAGGAAGAGAAACAUCAUUGGAAAUACACCCUACCGUAGGGAUGGCUACACCAACAUUAGCUGAGAUAGAAAAAGAAAAACGUCAAUGUGUGUAUUCAGCAGAAAAACAAUUGAGAUUCUAUAGAACUUAUACUCAACGGAACUGCAUACUAGAAUGUGAAGCUAAUUUUACAUUAACGUUUUGUCAAUGCGUCAUGUAUUAUAUGCCAAGUACGAUACUAUUAAAUGUAUUACUUCAUUAA